UUUCUGUAACAGAAGACUUUCUCUGCUUUAUUUGUUGAAUUUCGACCUUGUGUAGUUAGCAAGGUCGAAAUUACACUCAUGUUAGAACAAUGCAGGUUUUUAAAUUUAGCACUUGUUUUGGAGGUUUUGCAGACAAUAUAUUUGCGGACUUUUUUUUAUUGAGUUUCUUCGUUGUUUUUUUAUAUUUUAGAAUAAUUCGUCAAUUAAAAUUAGUGCAAUAAAAUUAGUCGUAGAAUUUAUUUCGAGAAAGACUGCAUAAUAAAUGAAAACUUACCAGUAGGGAAACAUACCAUUCGAAAAUCAAAGGUUGUUUAGUUGGAAAUUUUUGUAACAGUAAUAUGCUAGUAACGAAAUGACGACUUUUAUGUAAAAACUGUCCGCAAAAUAACCAUCUAAACAAUACAAGUGCAUAAAUUGGUUGAAGGAUAAGUGUCUAAACUAUUUAUCGUUUUCUUUAAAACUCCACUUACCUCAUUUAUUGAUUUUAUCGUUUUUAAUGCUUCAUUUGUGUUAUUUAAUUUUCUAAUUAAUUUUUUAUAGAAGUUUAGCUUUUAUUAAAAUAUUUAUUUGAUUUUAUUAACUACACAAUAUGAAUCAAACUCCAAAGGAUUCGCCUCAAGCCAUUGCUUACAAGAAAGGCGAUAUUGUUUGGGUUCUUUAUCGAGGGAAAGAAUUCUAUCCUGCUCGGGUUAAUGCUUAUUAUCCAAAGGAGAGGAAGAUUUCUCAUAUUUGGUUUCCACUUAAUCGUAAAUCUAUUAGCGCGAUUUUUAAGGCUGAUUUGAGCAGAGUUCGCCCUUUUAAGCUCGAGGAUUCUUUGCCGGACAAUGCUUCUCAAGAAUUGGAAUAUUCAUAUGAUCAAGCAGUGAGGAUCUUACAAGGAACUAGCAUUGAAGAAAUUUUGGAAGAAAAUGAUCGAAUGAUGGAGGAGAUGGGUAUUCCUGUUCAGAAGCCAAAGUCUUCUACUAAAAAAUCUUUAAAUACUUCGGAUGGUGUUAUGCGCAAAUCUGGGGCUUUACCAAAAAACACUCCUAAACAAUACAAGACACCUCGUACUGUCGCAUCCGUUCAUCAACAACAACCUGAGGUUGAACCUCCAGAAGUUCAGUUUAUUCCUGGUGAUCCAAUAAUUGUUGAUACCUCGAUUGGAAUGUGGCCUGGAAUUUUCCAUUCUUAUGUUGAUGAGCCUGGUCCAGAUGCUGAUGAUAUUCGUUAUACUCUAUUCCCGCGGGAUCCAUCUUCUGAUAUUUUGGCAGGCAAGAAGGCGAGUAUUGUCCAUUUUCCUCUUCCACACAUUGAACAGUCGAUUAAUGAGGGUGUUGGAUCUGAUAUGCUUAUGGAGGCUUUACGCGAUGCUCUUCAAUAUGUUAAGGUUCGUAAUGCAACUCAUGAGGCAGCUAGUGCUAGUAAACAUCUUGGAAUUUCUUCUCAAAAUGAACAUUUUCUUAAAACUUUGCCAACACCUUCUGAUGUUAAAGAUACUCCUAUUGUUAGUGCGCAAUCAACUAGCUCUUUGAAAACUCCAAAAUCAAUUCCAAAGAAGAAACCUGCACAGAAAAUGGCACCUCGAGCUAAAGAAUUGAAGGAAGAGAUUAUUUCAAAGCAUGACGAAGAAUUAUCGAAUUCGCGUAAUAUUGACGAUUCGACAAUAACUACAAUGACUCCUCCAAUAGCUGUUACUCCAAAGAAUAAGACCUUCAUUACUGACAAACGUUUUCGACUUUCUUCAACUUCUUCUGCUGAAGUUAUUUCUCCAUAUCAACCUCCACCAGAAAAGAAGGCAAAAUCAAUUAAUAGUGACGAACACGAGUCAUCGUUAACUGAAGAGGAGAAGCAGCAACAGUUGGAAUUAUUCCCUAAAAAGGAGACACCAACAAAUCGUGAGAGUAUUGGAGGUACUUCAUCAUCAUCAACUAUUACUACUUACAAACAAAUUACAAAAAAGCCACACAAUGGUCAUCACAUGAAUAGUCGAAGUCCUGUUAAGAUUAAUAAUGAUUUGCCGCCAACAUUUCCAAACGAUUCUGAACCUAUGGAUUUUGAACCACACCAAAGUAAAUCUACAUCACCACAGAAGCAUUUAAUUGGAACAAAUUUUGCUGGAAAGCCUUCAUUAUUUGAUUUGGCUUCUUCUGAAGAUGCACAUGAACAUAUGCGUCAAAUUUGGGUAGAAUGUGAUGAGACUUGGUUCAAGGAAAUGUUGAGUUCUGAAUUUUUGCAGUUGGACUUUAGAAGUGGUGGAUUACUUACUUUUAAAGAAACUGAGAAAUUAAUUACUGAAGUUGAAAAGUGGAUUAAAAUGGGAAAUAUUACUCCAAUGAGUCACUUCCGCGAACAAUUUUAUAUUGCUAAAUAUGUUUUGCCGGAAUUGUGUACUUAUGCUCUUUCGAAGAUGCAAGAUAUUUCUAUGAUGGAUGCGAGACGUAUUUAUGAGGAGCGACGUGAAAAGGCCAAGCACCAGACAGGUUUAAAUUCGACUUCCCCAAAUUCUUUGGAUACUUUGAUUAUGGCUGCUAGUAUGAAAAUGGCUGAAGAGAAAAAUGGUGGAUUGAAUGAAGGGAAGUAAAUUGAUUGAUUGACUUUUUAAAAUUAUCUUUAUUUUUUAAUUAUUUACCCAUUUUUAAAGGGAAGGAAAUUAAACAAAAAAAUAUCCUCUGCUUAUUUAAAAAAAAUAAAAAAUAGCCACAAAAUUACUAUUUUGUUUUCCUUAUAUUAUUUACUUGCUUUUUUGAUAAAAAUUGUCUCUCUCUUUGCUUUUCCUUUUAUGGUAAUAUUUUUAAAAAUUUAUUUUU